UAAUGUUGAAGAACAAAAUUUGGAUGUUUGUACUGAGUCUGUGCAGACCCCUGACUCUGUAUCUAAGCCAGAUGAACUAUCACACAAAAGUACUUCAGGGGAUGCUUUUAGUUCAAAAUCAAAUAAGGGAAAGAGUGAUUUAUGUUCUUUAAUUCAAUCAAGUGAAACAUCAAAGUUGUUUAGUUCAACUGAAACCUUAAUGCAAGAUCAAUUCAUAGAAAUCAAUCAUGGAAUUUUACCAGCAACUAAUGAAAAAGAGAAACCACAUUGGUCAAUUCGAACAGUCAAACCCAAUCUGAAAAUUAAGAGAGAGGGCACUAAAUUGGUUGUUGAAAAACAAACCAUAACACAUGAUAUCCAAAAUGAGCCUCAACCAGCAAGAGAAAUUCCUUCAAAGCAUUCAUCUGAAAUAAAUCACAAACUUGCACUGCCACCUGAAAAUGAUACUAUAUCUGUUUCAAGAAAGACAGAUGAUCAGCUCUCUUCUACAAAAUACAAUCGGUUAACUACAUCAGCAGUGCAUGAAAAUGUCUUAUCACAUGACAGGGCCAAUAAAGAGAAUUUAAAUGUUGCUAGAUCAAGUGUUGAUAGUGAUUCAAUUUCUGUAAGUUCUCAUGACAUGACUGAAGAGAAUUGUGUGUUCCACACACGUAAACAAAAGUUUCGUAACAAGUUAAAUGAUGGUGAACUGGAGAAAAAGCUGACUAUGUUUGAUUUGAUUUAUUUUAAUCCAGCCACAAGCCCUAUGCCUGGCAAAGAGCCCAUCUGCUUGCCAAAACGCCGAUCCAAAAGCCAAGACAGCAUUUCAGAGGAUAGCAGUGCAAUGCCAAGUGCAGGGGAGCAGCAAUUGAGUGAAGAAGCAAUAGAUGAUGUGGCAGCCAAUGGUGAAUGUCAUGUAAAGUCAAGACUUCUCUAUGCAGAUUCUCUGGAUUCUGGGACUUCUUCCUGCAAGGCUCCUGAAGACGCAUUGCCUCUUGGAAGUGAUCAACAAACUGAUGAAAAUUCUAAAGAUUUUGACUUUCUUGCACCCAGACUGAAGAUUGGGCCAAAUGGAGAACUAAUUAUUGACCAGCAGAGUAUAUUGAUCAAAACUUCGGUUGAUGAAGAACGAUUGAAUGCCAUUUCUUCUGAGGUUGUAAUAGAGUCUGAGAACACAACAAAGUGUUUUACAAAAAAGCGUAAACGUCCUUCUGAUUGGACUGCAAAGGAGAUAGCUCACUUCUACAAGGCAUUAUCUACUGUUGGAACUGAUUUCUCACUCAUGCAAAACCUCUUCUUCAAGGGGCGUACACGAGAAGAACUCAAGAUGAAGUUCAAGAGGGAAGAGAGAGUCAAUAAAUCUCUUAUUGAUGCUGCUGUAUCAGAUAAUCUUCAGUAUGACCUGACUCUCUUCCAGUCAGAGCCUGACUUUGAUGCAGAGGGCGAGAGGCUGAAGGAAAAGGCAGCUGAGCGCAAGGAAAUUGCCAAGCACAAACGUCUGCAGCAGCAGCUGAGAUCUCAGCACGCCAAGCUGCUGCAGCGAGACGUCAAGAAGCUGCAGAAAGCUAAUGACAAGGCCAGGAAAAAGGUCCUACGCAGAGUUUCAGCUCAAGCCAGUUCAAAGAAAAGAAAGCCAGGCCGUCCGAGGAAAACAAAGACGAGUGAGAACAAGGACGAAAUAGCUGGAAAAAAUGCAACUUUUUCUGACUGUCAAAAUGCCUCUGCCGACAAAGGAAAUAUCCCAAAUGCCACCAAAGAUGUUUCUAAUGUUGUGUCAGAAGAAAACUUUGUAGUCAAUAGAACUUUGCAGCGAAAAAACAAGAGCAGUAACAACAGAAAGAAAAAAUCGGUCGGAAAUGAUGCCAGUAAAUCGGCCAUUUCUUCAAAAGCCACUAAUUUGAGAAGAAAAAGCACAAAAAGCCGGACUCCAAGAAUCAAGGACCAGGCUCCCAGUUUGAGCAGCACUCCAACAGAAGCUGAGAUCAUUCCAGUCCGACGUAGUGGCCGCGUUCGCAAGCAACGUGUUACUAUUUACGAACAAAAUGAUGAUAUGGACGACCAAUUUACAGGUUUGCCGUCCGAUAUUGAGAUGUCUGAUGAUGAUGCUGAUUAUAUUGCCCCCGAUGUAUUAGCCACGUCUAUAAAGCUAACUAAACGAAGUACCAAGAAAACCCAGAAUCACCCAUCAUUAUUUAGAAAAGAAGAAGGCCCUUGCUUGUUGAGCAGAAAAAACCUUUUCCUUGCGGAAAACUCAGAAAGAAAAAGUUCUUCGGAUGAGAACUUUAGAGACAUAUUAGUCGAGAAUGAAAGAGACAUCGUGAACUUAGUCAAUGGUGACGGGAAAAAAUGUUUCAACACUUCAAACUCUGAUGCCGAUUUUGAAGGAGGUUUGAAUUCGAACAAUACUGAAAGUAGAUGCAAUACAGAUCCGUCAAUCGUAGAAACCAGCGUAGGCAAGCCUAUAAAUGAGGAAAAACCUUGCAAUUUGGUGGAUGGUGAUGGUGGUGAAGUUAACCGCACCAUGGAGGGUGAUGGUGGUGAAGUUGACCACUCCAUGGAGGAUGGUGGUGAAGUGGACCACACCAUGGAGGGUGAUGGUGGUGAAGUGGACCACACCAUGGAGGGUGAUGGUGGUGAAGUGGACCACACCAUGGAGGAUGGGUCCCUAUUCUCUUCACCACAUCCUGAUGGACAAAGUGUAGAAGAUUCUGACCUCGAGAUGGCGGGGGAUGAUGAGGGUGCAGUGAUGAGGGCCAACAACGUAACUGCGAUGCUGGAAGACUCGGCCGCCUGCCCUGCCAGCUUCGACCUGCUCGAUGUAUCGCUGGACGUUUCUGUGGUGUCUAAGAGUCAUUCUGUGAUUGCUGAGCCAUCAUCACAUCGCGAUUGCGAUGACAAUUUCUCACUAGAACCACAGUGCUCAGGUCCCUUGAAAAAUACAAUUAACUCCCCGGUGGAUUCAGGGGACAAACCCACGACUAGGGAUGAAAAAUUUCCCCAUAAGCUUGAACCGUCGCUAACAAAUUCUGAAAUAUCGGCGAAAAGAAGUAGAACGUCCAAGCGAAGCCGUGAUACCGUCUCGGUUUGUUCCGCUACUCCCUCAAAAAUUCGUAAACCAUCAUCUGAUGUUCAGAAUAAAACCUCAAUUAGUAAACAAUCAUCCAAUGUUCAGAAUAAAACCUCCAAAAGUCGGAUUGCAUCCUCGGAAGUUCGUAAAAAAGCCCUAAAAAGCUCCCCGAAAGUCGCAGUCAAACGCUGUAACAGGAGGAGAAGAAUCAGGAUCGUCUCAUCUUCAUCAGACGAUGAGGACUCUGUGCUGAAGGACACGGAUCGUCUGCGAGUCAUGGAAGCCUCUGAGUCCACGAUCACACUUCAGCUCCAUGGAGUCCUCUCACACGAACUCACAGCUCCUCAUGCGUGCGAAUCUUCGUGUUUUCAACAACGAAUUUCUAGCCCUUGUUCAUGUGAAGUCACACCUUGUGAUGAUAAAGUUUCUUCAAAGAAUUGUGGUAGAAAAAUUUCUGAACGUACAGCACUCGUACCUGGAUCUCGCGAUGACAUUACUUCUGCAAGUUGUUUUGGCUCCGCUGCUUCCAAAUCAGGCCGCGAACAUAGAAAUACCAAAGACAAGAAAACAGUGCGAGGAGUCAUGAAUACAACAAUGUUAGAUGAAACUUCUACUGCUUCGGUAAGUAACGGGACUCUUUACAAGAAAACCGAUGAUGCUGAGGCUACCGGUGAUAAACACGCUCAAGGAUGUUCCAUGACAAUGCACCGUGUGCAUUCUUCCGGUAUUAAUUCAACUGGUGAUAAUUCCGACAGCGCUAUUAGCGAAGAAAGUUUACCUAGUGCUAUCACUGGGAGCAAUGCCGACUUGAAGCUAUUCCCGGAAAAACUGGGAAAUGAAAACCACCAUUUGGACGCUCCUGCUAAUUCAUCUAUAGUUUUUCUCAAAAAUCCCGGUAGUCAGACCAUGGAUCCGCCUACGAUUGACAAUGCAUUUCAAGCGGACGAUGAUGCCGCAAGGGAAAUGCGAACUAAUACGAACAAUGUCUCCGUGGACGGCGGUACAAAGCAAAUUAAACAGGAGGGGUGCUUGGAGGCAAUCAAACCCAAACACAUUGAAGAAGAACGUUCAGUUUUAAAAGACGCGGAUGGUCAGCAGAACGAAUGUUUGCAUGAAGUUCUGGAUGAAAGUGGUCCUGCUGAUAUAGUCUCUGCCAGGAACAAUGCUGAUACAGUCUCCGGUGUGGGAAGAGUGAAUGAAGAAAAGGUUCUAAAAUUGACUUCUGGAAAGGUUUUAAAUCUGGAGCUGGACAAGAUCCAGCCCCUCACAAGAGUUUCCUGUGAUGUUCAUGACACACAUGUUACUGCAAUGAGUGAAAAAGAUUCUGAUAGAGUAACUGGAAAGAAUUCUUAUUGGUUGGAUGAAUCAUUGACCUGUCUGCCUGAUGCUUCAUCAGCAGUUCUUACGGCUGCUGCCGCUGCGCCUCCUGCCGCUGCGCCUCCUGCCACUGCGCCUCCUGCCACUGCGCCUCCUGCCGCUGCGCCUCCUGCCGCUGCGGCUCCUGCCGCUGCGCCUCCUGCCAUUGCGCCUCCUGCCGCUGCGCCUCCUGCCGCUGCGCCUCCUGCCACUGCGCCUCCUGCCACUGCGCCUGCGCAUUUUCACCGGUCGUAA